UCGCUAGACUCGCCUAACUCAUUUCGAUUAUAUACGGAGACGACUUGCAUUCUACUUUCUCAUAUCUUUUCGAGGACCUGGUCUGUCUGAAUUCGCUGGCUGGAGGUACAUCGACGGCGCUCAAAGACAUGCUUGGAGAAUAUAUGAAACUGCAUCUUUUAAUUGAGAAGAUGCGCGAUGCCGGAUGCGAUCUGUUUCCGGAGCGAGAUGCGUUCAGUUAUGUGAAGGCUCUUCCGAUGAAGCAUCCAGCCACGGAGAAACAUUUGCGGGAAUGUAUCGCUUUACUUUGCACGACGUAUACGUUUUCCUGGUCACGCUGGAACGCCGGUCAAAUUCCAAAGAAAUCGUGAUACAGUUCAAAGAACAUCACGGAUGCGUCGCGAAAGAGCGAACGAACUUGACUCUUCUGGUGACUCCCUCGCGAACGAUGACAGUAUCCUGUACCGAAGUGAGCUCAGAAUUUUCCGAUGUACCUCUGGAUGGUGAGAAUUCAAAGUUUUAUGCUGAUCUACAUCACUUGGCGCUACAAAACGCCGGGAUCAAAAGUCGGCUUUUGAUGAAGAACGUUUCCUUUAAACUUGCCAGUACUAUCACGGAACUUCUGGGUUACAUUAAUGUAAUCAACAUGUCAUCUUAAAAUGUGUUUUUGAAAAUAAAAAAAUUAAAGGUAUAUAUCUUUUAUGAAUUUUAAUUGAUUUCUCUGUUUCUCCACUUAUAAAUUGAUCUA